AUGACAUUUUCACCGGUGCAAAGCUUACAUCAGAUACAGAGUACAGCCUCGGAGGUGAGGUACAUUGAUCCACAGCAUAAUCUCGGAGAUGUUGAUCUUUUACAUCAGAUUGGAUACAAACAGGAGUUGAGACGUCACUAUUCAACACUUCAGGUGUUUGGUAUCGCCUUCUCGAUUAUGGGUCUCCUCCCAAGCAUUGCUUCAGUUUUCAGUAUGGGUAUAGCUUCUGGACCAGCCGGUCUUGUCUGGGGUUGGUUCAUUGCUAGUCUUUUCAUUUUCAGUGUUGGGAUGUCGAUGAGCUUUUUGGGCAGUGCUAUACCAACCAGUGGUGGAUUGUACUACUACACGAACUACUAUUGUCCUGACAGCUUUAGAGUUCCAUUGAGCUAUAUGAUUGGGUGCUCAAACUCACUUGGUUUAAUUGGCGGCUUGUGUAGUAUUAGCUACGGUUUCGCAACCGAAGUUUUGUCAGCGGUUUCAGUUUCCAAAGACAAUGACUUUGUUAUCACAAACGCAAAAGCCUACGGUGUAUUUGCUGCGUGUGUUGUGCUGUGCAUGGUUGUUGCUAGCUUAACCACUAAGCAUGCUGCCAAGUUUCAAACUGUAUCGAUCUGCGUCAAUGUGUUCUUGGUAUUGCUAUUCAUUAUUGCCGUUCCAGUUGGGUUUGGAAGGCACAAUAGUUUCAAUGGAAGAGGAUUUAUCUUUGGUAAAUUUGAAAAUGCCAGAGAUUGGCCUAUAGGCUGGACCGCAGUGAUGUCCUUCAACACGGCCAUCUGGACAAUAGGAUCUUUUGAUUCAGUGAUACAUUGUUCGGAAGAGGCAUUGAAUGCUCAGAAAUCUAUUCCAGUAGGAAUAUUAGGAUCCAUCGGAGCUUGCUGGUUCUUGGGAUGGGUGGUGAUCAUAGUUUGUGCUGCCUGCAUCAAAGAUGGGAAUGUUGCACAUAUUGUUGCCACAGAAACUGGAUCUCCUUUGGCACAAAUCAUUUAUGAUGCGUUGGGAAAGAAAUGGACUGUUGCCUUCAUGGCUAUGAUUUGCGUUGGUCAAUAUUUAAUGGCCGUGUCCAUAAUGAUUGCAUUAUCGAGACAAGUGUGGUCAUUUGCCAGGGACGAUGGUUUGCCAGGAGUGUACAAAUGGGUCAAGUAUGUUGACCCCAAAAUCAAGGUUCCAAUAAGAGCUACUAUAUUUUCUGGUACUUUGGCAUUGGCCAUUGGUUGUUUAUGUAUCAUUCCAGGAACUGCAGGAUCUGGAGCAUUGUUUUCACUUGCAAUUGCUUCAAACAACUUGGCAUGGGGGAUGCCAGUGUUUCUCGUGUUGUUGCCAUACGGUAGGAAAAAGUUUAUACCGGGACCAUUUCAUUUUGGCUCCACUUUGACUUACAUCGUCAACGUCAUCACUGUGCUUUAUAUCGUGUUUGCAAUAAUCAUGAGUAUGUUCCCCGAGAACAGACACGUUGACAAGGAUAGCAUGAAUUACACUUGCGUCAUCAAUGGAGCUGUUUGGAUUUUGUCCUUGGUUUACUAUUAUGCUUGGGCAUGGAGAACUUAUACCGGACCAAAAUCUAAUCUUGAUGGUACGGAGUCGGACGAGGACAACAGUAUCAAGAAUUUGAAUGAGGUAUUGACGGGAAAGGCUUAA